GGACAGGCUCCUGCCAGGGCCUGAGAUGAGCCAGGGGCCAUGAGGGUGGCUGUGGGCCUGCUCUGGCUUCUGGCCCUUGGGGGGGCCCCCCAGGCCCGGGGCUCCUGCCCCUCUCAGUGCAGCUGCAGCCUCCACAUCCUGAGUGAUGGCAGCAAGGCCAGGACGGUGCUGUGCCAUGACCCCGACAUGACCUUGCCCCCUGCAUCCAUCCCCCCGGACACCACCAGACUGCGCCUGGAGAGGACGGCCAUCGGCAGGGUGCCCGGGGAGGCCUUCAGGCCGCUGGGCCGCCUGGAGCAGCUGUGGCUGCCGUACAACGCCCUCCGCGACCUCAGCGCCCUCAUGCUGCGGGGCCUGCGGCGCCUGCGCGAGCUGCGGCUGCCCGGGAACCGCCUGGCCACCUUCCCCUGGGCGGCUCUCAGGGACGCGCCCCGGCUGCGGCUGCUGGACCUGCGGGCCAACCUCCUGCAGGCCGUGCCGCCCGAGGCCGCGCGCUUCCUGGGGAACCUCACCUUCCUCGACCUCUCCAGCAACCAGCUGAUGAGGCUCCCGCAGGAGCUGCUCGCCACCUGGGAUCACCUGCAGACCGGGCCCUUCCUACCUGGCCGUGAGGCCAAGCUGGUCCUGGGGCUGCAGGACAACCCCUGGGUGUGUGACUGCCAACUCUAUGACCUGGUGCGCUUCCUGGAUGAGUGGACCCCAAACCUGGCCUUCAUCGAGGCCGUGCUGAGGUGUGCCAGCCCGCGCAGCCUGGCCGGAGUGGCCUUGAGUCAGCUGGAGCUGAGGAAGUGCCAGGGUCCAGAGCUGCACCCCGGGGUGACCAGCAUCGUGUCCCCUUUGGGCAGCACAGUCUUGCUGCGCUGUGGGGCCACCGGGGUCCCGGGCCCCGAGAUGAGUUGGAGGAGGGCCAGUGGGCACCCCCUCAAUGGCACAGUGCACCAGGAAGUCUCCAGUGAUGGGACGAGCUGGACUCUGCUGGGCCUGUCUGGAGUGUCCCACCUUGACUCUGGGAACUACAUCUGCCAGGCCAAGAACUUCCUGGGAGCCACUGAGACUGUCAUCUCCCUGACUGUCACUGAGCCCCAACCGCCCACGGAACUCAGUGGGAAUCCAGGGGUGCAAUGGGCAAGGACAGGAGAGGGGGCAGAAGCCGCUGCAUAUAACAAGCCGGUGGCCAGGCACGUGCCCCCCAUCCCAGAGCCUGCUGUCCCGGCCAUCAGGCCCUCUGCGCCCAGCAGGAAGGAGGAGCUCACCCUCCAGCGCUUCCAGAUGGGUGCCCCCGGGGAGCUCUCCGCUGGGCCGGCGGGACCCGAGGAGGCCCAGGUGGUGAGGUCUCUCAAGGUGGUGGGGGGCACUUACCACAGCGUGUCCUUGGUGUGGAAGGCCCCCCGUGCUGGGAACACAACUGCCUUCAGUGUCCUCUACGCGGUCUUUGGGCAGCGCGACAUGCGGCGGGUGGCCGUGCAGCCUGGUCAGAUGAGCGCCACCAUCGACGGGCUGCAGCCCAAGAUGCGGUACGUGGCAUGCGUGUGCGCGCAGGGCCUGGCGCCCCGGAAGGAGCAGUGCAUCAUCUUCUCCACCGACGAGGUGGUGGACACCGAGGGCACCCAGCGGCUCAUCAACGCGGUGGUGAUCAGCGUGGCUGCGGUCAUCGCGCUGCCCCUCACGCUGCUCGUCUGCUGCGGGGCCCUCCAGAGACGCUGCCGCAAGGGCCGCUCCGGGCCGGCUGCUGAGGCCACGGGCGCCUAUGUCCACCUGGAGAGGCUGGGCCGCAGUGAGGACGGCUCAGAGGGGCUGUCCCGGCACGGCCUGGGCGAGGCAGAGAGGCUCCUUUCCACGUGCUCCAGCCUGGACUUGCAGGUCCCGGAGACCAGGGUGGGCCGACGGAUCCACGAGUACUUCUGCUGA